CCCCGCCCGGGCUUUUUCCGCCGGGGACGGCAUGGAGCCGGCGGCCAACUGGGGGCUGCUGAUACAGCUCGCGCUCCUUCUGACUCGUCCCCAAGUGCACUCUGCAACUUUCAGAAUCAUUACUCCUUAUUCACUCUACAUCUGCCCUGAAGGUCAAAGUGUCACUUUGACUUGUAAGGUCAGUGGUUUUUUGGCCAACCAGCAUGAUAGCUUCUCCAGAGCUUGGUACUUCAGCAACAAAGAUGACCAUAGGUGUUCUCAGAGAAAGCAUAUUCGCAACAUCAUUGUUAAGGACCUUCAUCAUGAGGUUAAGAAGCACCACGGGCAGCCUCAUGUGAAUGACACUGUUGAGAAAGAUGCCCACGAGCAUCAAGUGAACCAUCAUGAACUGAAACACUCUUGGACUCCUCAUGGCACUUUCUACGUCACUAUAGCAAAUCUUACUCUACAGGACAGAGGAUACUACUGCUGUUAUGUAGCAGAGGUUAAGAAAGAAAACAACAAGCCCCAUAUCCAGCAACAUGCAUAUGGCUUCAUGGAACUUCGUAUACAGAAAGCAAAUGGUACAUUUCCAAACUGUACAUUUCAUCCUGCUGACAAUACGGAGAGUGAAAGUAAGAUUACUUUACCACACGCUCAUAAUUGCAUUAUUUUCAAGGAUACCACAGCAGUCACAAUUGCAACAGCAGCUUGCAUUAUAGGCAUUCUGUGUCUGCCUCUUAUCCUACUCCUUAUUUACAAGCAGAGACAAAUAAUCACUAACAGGCGUGCUCAUGAACUCGUAAGAAUGGAAAGCAACACCCAUGGCAUUGAGAAUCCUGUCUUUGAUGCUGUCCCUGACAUCGAUUCAGAAUCCAGGCCUAAGCCACAAUUAAGUUUUAUGGCGAGUCGUCAGGCUUCAGAGUCAGAUCGACACCUUCUCUCAGAACCAAAUACUCCACUCUCACCCCCAGCCCCAGGCCAAUGUUUCUUCCCAUCACUCGAGUCUGUUCCUGAUUCACCGACUUUAACAAAAGUCAAAUAAAGGAAGAUUGCUUAUUCUGAAUUUUUGACAGCAAUGUGAACAAGGUUUAUUAUUUGCUGCUUUAAAGGAGAAAGAGAGGCAGAAACAGAGGGAAGCAAGAGAGAAGUUUUUAGGAGACUAUUUCUAAAGGAAAGAAAAGACUUUCUCAGAAGUGUCUGUUGCCUAUCCUAACAUUUCAAUAUAUUGCUGUUCUCUUUCUUCUGAAACAAUUCAGCAUGGAAAAUCUGGAAGACAAGGAAGUAUUGUACCCUCCUAAGAUUCUGCAGACUUUGUAUUUUACUUCACUGAGAUGUUGAUCACUUUAUGAAGAGUUACUGAAACAUGUUUCUAAUGUGUUGUAUGGAUUAAUUAGAUCAAGACCAUGUUACAUUUUUUAACUAUAAGGCAUUAUGAAUAACACCACAAAAAGCCUUUUUAGAAAACAUUACUCUGCAUUCCAAAUGCCUUGGUUCCCUAGAAACAGAAAAGUUUUACAUGUACUAUAAUUUUUUUUUUUUUACUUUGCAUAUGUAUCCUUUUAAAGACUGGACAUUGCACAUGUUUUAACAUCGUGAUGUUUUGCUUAUAUCCUGGCUUUGGAAAAUCAAACACAAAAUGAAAUAUCUCCAUAUCUGACUCUAGUUCUAAUUCAUUCUCUUUCUUGCUCCCUUUUUAUCUCCUAAUGAUUUAAAGAAAUCUGAAUGAAGGUUCCCAGCUGCGUAGCUAUAUUAGACAUAAAUAUUAUAAGUAAGAUCAUGUUGAAAAUCAUGAAGGAUAACCUUGUUAGAAUAUAAAAACUGGAUUUCAGUUUAGCUCUAUCAAACAACAGGUUACUUUUACAAAUUGUUUCAAAACCAUUUUAAAGAGGGAACUGUAUUAUAGAUUUUGUUUAGAUGAUAGCCAUGUGUUCAUGAUCAUUUUUGCUAUCAUUUAUCUUAUGCUUGGUAAAAGAUUUUGGCUAAGUAGCCAGAGAAAAUGCUUUAAGUGAAGUGCAAGGUUCUUUCCAGUUGAUUGUGUAUUAUAGAAAUAAUUCACAUUGCUAUCUUUAAGUUAAGUUGGCUGAAGGAAGAUAAUGUCUUUAAUAGGGUAGAAUGUACAAGUAGUUUUUGUCAGAGAUACAAACUGGCCCACAGCAAUCAGUAUUUAGGGUUUUUCAGUCCUAGUUCUCAAAUAAGAGAUCAGCUGUUCUGUCUAGCUUCACUCUAAAUAUAAGAAAGUCAUAUGAAAAAUGGGUGAUGAUAUUUAUAGUAUGUCAGGGGUUUCACUGACUUGUAUUAGCCAAGAUCAGUCAAGUUAAUUUGAUGCUAAUGCCUAGAAGUGCCUUAUCCCCUUCUGGCAGUAACAUUACAACAAAGAUAAAUUACAUAGUUAACCAUCUGUAGCGGUUUCAUAGCUAGCUGCUUGACAUUGUCUAAUGGUAGGGCCAAUUCUUGCCUUUUUUUCAGGGUGAGGUAUGACCAAUCUUUCUCUUUAACAAUUCUGUUUUUGAGAGAAUUGCUGCAAUGUCUUCUGUGGCUGUAUGUAUUCUGAUAAACUACACUUUCCUAAAACUCAUCCUUAUUAACCAUAUGAAACAUUCCUAUACUGUAUGUACCUAGUAAAAUUGAGUGUACAGACCGUUCAGCAUUAAAGUAGAAAUUUUUGCUCAAGAACAAAAAUUAAAGAAAAAAAGGAGAUAAGAUCAUUAACGAUGUGAAGAGACUGUAUUCUUUUCAAAUUGUUCUGUUUGCUUCCUCCUGCUUGGUGAUUACUUAACUUGUGUACAAGCAAACUCUUCUGACACGCCCUUGGAAUAGGUUCAUUGUUUUUGUGUUUUAUUUGCUUUUGAUUGUAUGACGAUACAAUAAAGGUUUAAUGUGGCUAUA